AUGGAUUCUGAUAAUGUCAAGAACAGCACAGCUAAUGUGCCCUUGAAACCCGUAUUUCGCAGCGCAUCAAUAAAAGACAGAGAAAGCACGUUUAUCGCGUUAGCCACUACAGUCACUGACCUUAACGAAGUUGAGGCAUUCAAGGUUCUCGUGAGAGACCAAGAAAAAAAUGCCACGCAUUACGUUUUAGCGUAUCGUAUUUCUCAGGGUCAAAAUGGAAAUGUGUUGGAAGGUUUCGUAUGGACACGUUCACGAAACGAAGAUGACGGCGAAGACGACGCCAGCAUCUUAAUCCUAAACCUUCUGAAAACGCUAGAACUCGUAAACGUCGCGGUGAUCAUACCGCGAUGGUUCGGCGGAAUCUUUUUAGGUCCGGUGCGAUUCGAUUAUUUUGUAAAGUGCGCGCGCGAAGUGUUAGAUAAAGGAAAUUUUAGCAAUGCUAAUAAUAGUGGAGGUAGUGGAGAUGGUGGAGGGGGUGAAACGUUUGCUACCCAAACCUCGUCGUCGACUAGUUCAUUAGCAAACAAAAGAUCUAGUGGUCCUAUUAUUGUGAAUGGUGAACGACAGAGAGGUAAUCCGUUACUUCAAUACAUUAGAAAUGUGCCAUGGGAGUAUGGUGAGAUUGCGCCAGAUUUUGUUGUUGGAUCAACUACUUGUGCCUUGUUUUUAAGUCUCAGAUAUCAUCGUCUUCAUCCUGAAUACAUAUUCACGAGAAUCCAGAUGCUCGCGUAUCAAUUCAAUUUACGGAUUCUGCUGGUCUUGGUAGAUGUUGAAAGUCAUCAAGAUCCAAUUCGUGAACUGACAAAGAUAAGCGUGACUCAUAAUCUUACGAUUAUGCUUGCUUGGAGUCAAGAAGAAGCAGCAAGAUACCUCGAAACGUUCAAAGCGUUCGAGAACAGACCGCCGGAUUCUAUCAUGGAAAAAGUGGAUAAUGAUUAUUAUGCAAAGUUAACCCAAUGCCUCACACAAAUACGAUCAGUCAACAAAACAGACGUUUUGACACUCUCAUCGCAGUUUGGAUCUCUCAAAAACAUCAUGUCUGCAUCAACCGACGAGCUAUCAACAUGCCCCGGAAUCGGUGAUCAAAAAAUAAAGCGACUCCAAGAAGCUUUCACGCAGCCAUUCACGAUGAACAAGAAAAAGAAGAAAAAACAGCAUGUCUGA